GUCAGCAAACAAGAUAAAACCCUGAGGUACCUAAGGAAGCAUGAGCAGAGCACUGGUCACAAUGACGGCUCGGAGCCUUUCCCUGGCAGUAAUAUUUGUCUUGAGUAUUUGGAAUUUAGAACACACUUCAGGCUGUGUUGAUGGCCAGGAUGAGAUAGAUGGGCAAUGCUGUGACCUGUGCUCCCCAGGUACAUAUUUAAAAGAUUACUGCACAAAGCAUCAACAAACUGUCUGUAGCCCUUGUGAGGAGGGUUACUUCUCGGAUCGACGGAACAUGUUUGACAGAUGUGAGGAAUGCCGGUCAUGCCAACAAGAAUAUACUGUGAAAUGUACGCUGACCACAAAUGCAAACUGUUCUUGCCGCUCUGGUUUCCUGUGCUCCAACAAUGUGUGUUCAGAGUGUGAGGAAAACAAGUGCAUUACUGGGGAAAAACUGAAGAGGACAGCCAGGGCCUUGGGUGACGGGUUGAUAAAGUAUUCAUAUCAGUGUGAGCGUUUGUGCCCUCAUGACACAUAUUUUGAUGAGAAAGAAAAUAUCUGCAAGAUACACACAGAUGGUAUAGACUCCAUUAAGUUGAUCUUUGGCAUCGGCUUUGUUUUGAGUUCUCUCAUCCUCCUUGUGUUUCUAUCUUGUGUCUGCACAAAGAUCCUAAGAAAGCGCAAAGCAUAUAAUACUCCUACUGAAAUAUUAGCAGUGUCCACCAAUGCCAGUGACUUUCACCUGUCAAAAGAGGAGAGUGGGUACAACCUCAUCAUGCAGGAUGAAUCCAAGAACAGUAACAGUUUUGCCCUCCUGCAUCUGGAAAAAGUCUUCACUCAAUGAUAACAAGUAUUUAAUGACAUACACAAUCUGUUCACUUUUCUAAUAUUGAUGUAAUGAAGCACCUUGCUUGGUAAUGGCACACAUUUAAAUGUAGUUAAACCUGUAAAGGUUUGAGAUGCACACUUCUUUAAAGUUAUAUAUCUAUCUAAAGUUUCCUGAUUGGAUCUCCAGCAGGAAAGUGAAAGAUCAGUAUUUGUCUGAUGAACAGAUGAAAUGUAUAAUGAGAAAAGUUUGAAAACAUAGUCAAAGGAUGUCCUUUUUAAUGUGUGAAUUUUUAAUAUGUUUAUUUUUUCUCUAAAAAAAAAUCUGUAAAGUGUCUUUGAGUGUUGUAAAAUGUACUUUAUGAAUACAUGUUAUUAUAGUUAGUUAUUUUAGAAGUACAAUGUUCAUGAGUCCUUCCGUCAUUUUUUUUGCUGGAUUUGGUUAAAAAAUUACUCCUGUUUUAUAAUUUCUAGACACAUCUUUUGGAAAGUGACUAGCAGUCUUAUAUUCUAAUGUAAUCUAA